AUCAUUUGUUAGUGUUGACUUGUUUUGGGCUCUUGUCUUCCUUCUUCCAUGGCUUCGCUUCCCUGCCGCCAUUUCUUACUGCUUCAUCUCAUUAUCCUCUCUGCAGCUGCGCUGGACUCGCCCCAAGAACAAGACACGCCCGUUACUCGCUUCCAGCAAUACCUCAGGAUUAAGACGGCUCACCCAGAACCAGACUAUUCUUCCGCUGUCUCCUUUCUCGUAUCUCAAGCACAAUCCAUUGGCCUCCAGUAUCGAACUAUCGAAUUUUCACCUGGGAAACCCCUUCUCCUCCUCUCAUGGCUUGGCUCAAAUCCAUCUCUUCCCUCUCUUCUCUUCAAUUCCCAUCUCGACUCGGUUCCCGCAGAGCCCUCCAAGUGGCUCCACCCCCCUUUCUCUGCCGUGAGGACCCCCGACGGCAAAAUUUUUGCUCGAGGAACCCAGGACGACAAAUGCAUUGGUAUGCAAUACAUCGAGGCAAUUCGAAAUCUAAAACACAAGAAUUUCACUCCUUCCCGCACAAUCCACGUGUCUUAUGUGCCGGACGAGGAGAUAGGUGGUCUCGAUGGGGCCGCUAAGUUUGUGCAUUCGAUGGACUUUGACGAUUUGAAUGUUGGGUUUGCAUUGGAUGAAGGGCAGGCCUCGCCCGGUGACGAGUUUAGAGUUUUCUAUGCGGAUAGGUCUCCGUGGCGGUUGAAAAUAAAGGCAACUGGUCCACCUGGACAUGGUUCGAGGAUGUAUGAUAACAGUGCAAUGGAGAAUUUGAUGAAGAGCUUUGAAGUUAUCGGUAGAUUUAGGGAGAGUCAAUUCGAUGUGGUCAAGGCGAGUAAAGCUUCCAAUUCCGAAGUUAUUUCAGUUAAUCCUGUUUAUGUUAAAGCUGGGAUUACUUCAGAUACAGGAUUUGCGAUGAAUGUACAGCCUUCCCAAGCAGAAGCAGGAUUCGAUCUUAGGUUGCCCCCCACAGCGAACCCAGAAGAAAUGAAAAGGAGAAUUACUGAAGAAUGGGUUCCAGCUAUUAGAAAUAUGUCAUAUGAGAUCAUAGAGAAAGGACCCAUUAGAGACCACAUGGGGCGCCCUUUAAUGACCUCAACUAAUGCCUCCAAUCCAUGGUGGUUAGUCUUUGAGCAGGCUAUCACAUUUGCUGGGGAGAAACUAGCGAAGCCUGAAAUUCUGGCUUCAACAACUGAUGCUCGGUACAUUAGACACAGAGGAAUUCCUGUGCUCGGUUUCUCACCAAUGUCUAAUACUCCCAUCUUGCUUCACGACCACAAUGAGCAUCUACAAGAUACUGUGUAUUUGAAAGGAAUAAAAGUAUACGAGACUCUGAUAAGUUCCUUGAGUUCAUUUAUGGAAGCAUGAUGAUCGGUGUCCACAGUUGGUACUCAGUAACGGACGAGGCUAUCUUGUUAACCAACCUCACAACGACAGAAUAUGUCUGAGUUAUGGUGUUACCAUUAUUCACUAGGCAUACCUGAGCCUUGUGUCCAUUUAAAGUGAACAAGUUCUUCGCGCCGGAUGCUCCCAUCCCUUGACGCCUGGAACUCGACGAAACUUUAGAAAAUUUGUCUGUGUAAUCUGUAAGUAUUUCCCUUAAGUCAUUGGAAAGCCAGUAAUAAGCAAGAUGUCUGUGUGACCCUUAAGUAGCACAUUGAGUUGAUAUCUUACUUCUUCAUUGGAAAGACUGUCACUCAUAAGUUGCCUGUAAUCUUUGCUGGUGGGGUGGAUCAAGAUUUCUCAUAAUUCUUCUCCAGUAUGCAUGAGCUUGUUUUCUGUGCGUUCAUUUGGGUGCGUAUGCUUGUCUUCUAAACAUUUUGGGUCAGCAUUUGCUUUUUUCUCUUCGCUUGAUGAUUGUUUUCUGCCCUACUUUUGGGUCAAAUCUGAUUUCUAUGGAGUAAUUUCCCCUUUUGGGGCCUUUUGGCCUUUCAAA